UGUACUAGAUAAGGCGGACGGGCGGAGCAUCUGAUUAUGUAAUAAUCUUUCGUGAGUCAAAGCCAGGGGAAAAGAGCAGCAGCGUAAAUUGCCCUUCAAGUUGUUGCUGUCGAGAUCGAAAGUAGAAGGAGAUAUCGUCUUUGCAGCGCCAUCAAAACCCCGGCGGCAAUGCAUCUGGAGGUUUCUUGUUCCGUUUUGUAAUUUGGGAAUCUCAAAGAUUGGGGACGGAUCCGAUCUCCUCUUUUUUAAUCGUCGACCUCAGUAGGUUUUCUCGCCGUUGAUGGUGGUUUUGGGGCCGAUUUCUCCAUGAUAUAUUGCAGAUCCCUCUAUACUUGGAUUGGUCAGACCAUAUCCUGCAUGGGGGUUAGAGCAAGCUUGUCAGUUUUUGCCAUAGAAGUAGUCAUUUGAGUGCCACAGGAAUGGGCAAUGAAUGCCAACUAUGAGAUGAGGCGGACCACACUUGGUGCAUAAGGUAAGAGCAGAGGCUGCCUUGGUUGCUAUACUAAACCUACUCCAAUAACAGCUGUGGAUGAGCCCUCAAAGGGCUUGCAAAUCCAAGGCCAAUCCAUUAGAAAACCUGGUUUAUCUGACGACUUUUGGAGUACAAGCACAUAUGAAAUGGAGAACAGUGGAGUUCAGUCUCAACGAAGCAUCUCUUCAAUUAGUACAUCAACUCAAACUCUUGACUCCCACGGUGGAACUGGAAGUACAAGCAACCCUUCAGAAUUUGUGAAUCACGGUUUUCUUCUAUGGAACCAAAUUAGGCAGCAAUGGAUUGGCAAUAAAAACUCACAAAAAGUGUCUGAGCAGGUUCGAGAACCAAGGUUAAGUUGGAAUGCCACAUAUGACAGUUUGCUUGGGAGCAACAAGCGCUUCCCACAACCUAUCCCUCUACCUGAAAUGGUCGACUUUCUGGUGGAUGUUUGGGAGCAGGAGGGUUUGUAUGAUUGAUUAGAGGCCUCAAAUAAUUCAUUACUGAUGAAAACUUAGUUCCUUUGUAUCAAAUUUUAGCUUCUUGAGAUUCAUUACAGAAAGCCGUAAAUCGUUUACGGCCAGCUUCUCACCCAUAUUCUGUGUGACUCGACAUCUCUUGUUAUAUUUACUUGUACUACUUUAAAACAUUUGAAAUUCAGCAAUGGAUGAAAGUUGUGAAUCGACCAAUUUUUUUCC